GGCUGCCACCUGCGUUGUGGUUGGUGAAGACGCACCGCCCCUCUCCGGUGCACUUGGCUGACUGCUACCGGUCCUAGGGCUGCCGGCGGCAGCAUGCGCCAGGAACGCUCGUGAGGGACCGGGGACGCCGGGGCCUUAAAGGUGACGCCUGUAAAAGGAUCCUUCCACCCCCAAAGGGGUCAUGACCUGCAGGCUGAGAACUGCUGCCCUAGCACACGAACCCUCAGGGACAAACAGCACCAAGCCACAGCCACAAGCUCACUGAGAGACCUGGAUGUAUGGAAUGACAGUCACAGCGCCUGGCGUGUGGUGGGUACAGGUGUCUGUGGCGCUGCGAGAGAAUGCGUGGGAGAUUAGGCUAGUCUAUUGAUGACUUGAACAAGUGGGCCCUGUUUCUUGUCUCUCCCUUCGUACUUGAGGCAGAACAAAUAGCAUUUGUGACCGAGAGCAUUUGGGCACAAGGCGACAGUUUCCAGAAGGCAGCAUCUUCAGAAACAGUUGUAAAAUGGUCGGACUGCUGCUUGCCGUUAGCUUUCCGACCCGGGGAUCCCUACCAGUUCAUAGCUAAAGCAAGUGUGGACAACUUCAGCAAGCUCGGGGUGGCGUUUAUGGAGGAGAGGCUCCAGAUGGACCAUGGACUGAUAGCCCAGAAGAUUGUUUCAGUUCACUUAAAGGAUCCCGCUCUGAAGGAAGUCAGCGAGGCCUCUGCUGAGCAGGUCCACGCCCUGCCACUGGGCCCAGACCCUUCCCUUGAGGCUGAACCUGCGCAGGGCGUCAUGGAGUGUGCUGGCCAAGGUGACCUGAAGGCUACCGGUGAAGGCUCCUCCCUACCGAGGAGAGGCUGUGCGUCUGCAGGUGAGCCGGCUGCAGAUGGUGACCCCGGGCAGAGCUCCGCUGAGCUCCAUCAGCUUCACCUGUCCAGUUGCCACGAGUGUUUGGAACUUGAGAACAGCACCAUUGAAUCAGUGAGGUUUGCGUCUGCAGAGAACAUUCCUGAUCUUCCCUAUGAUCACAGCUGCAGCGCGGAGGAUGCUGCAGAUGAACUCUGCCCCGAACGGGAAGGGAGGAGAGUCAACCUUUCUGGAAAGGCACCCAAUAUCCUGCUGUAUGUGGGCUCCAAUUCUGAGGAAGCCCUGGGCCGGCUCCAGCAGGUGCGGGCUACCCUGACCGACUGUGUGGACACCGACAGCUACACGCUCUACCAUCUGCUGGAAGACAGUGCUCUCAGGGACCCGUGGCCAGACAACUGCCUGCUAUUGGUGGUUGCCACCAGGGAACCCAUCCCCAAAGACAUAUACCAGAAGUUCAUGGCCUAUCUUUCUCAGGGAGGGAAGGUGCUGGGCCUGUCUUCCUCCUUCACGUUUGGUGGCUUUCAGGUGGCCAGCAAGGACAUGCUACAGAACACAGUCCAGAACUUGGUUUUCUCAAAGGCUGAUGGGAGUGAGGUACAGCUUAGCGUCCUGAGCAGCGGCUGUGUUUAUGAGGAAGGCCUCAGUCUGGGCAAACUGCAGGGCCACCUAGAGAACCCAGACAAGGACAAGAUGAUUGUUCACGUGCCUUUUGGAAGCCGCGGAGGAGAGGCCGUUCUCUGCCAGGUGUACCUAGAACUCCCUCCAAGCGCUUCCAUGGUGCAAACCCAAGAGGACUUCAACGUGCUUAAGUCCAGCAACAUGAGGAGGCACGAAGUCCUUAAGGAGAUCCUGACGACCCUCGGGCUAAGCUGUGAUGUUCGGCAAGUUCCUGCCUUAACUCCGCUCUACUUGCUGCUGGCCGCUGAGGAAAUCCGGGAUCCGUUCAUGCAGUGGCUUGAGAGGCGUGUGGAUCCUGGAGGAAUCAUCAAGUCCAGCAAGCUCGCCCUGAGGUUCAUUUCCUCUCACACGUCUGAAGUGGAAGUCUCCCCGUCUUCCCUGCCUGUAGUUACCGACCCCGAAGCCUUUUCAUCAGAGCACUUUGACCUAGAGACGUAUCGCCAGAAUCUGCAGACCACAUGGCUAGGAAAAGUAAUUCUGUUUGCAGAGGUGACCACCACAACCAUGAGUCUCCUGGACGGGUUGAUGUUUGAGAUGCCACAGGAAAUGGGUUUAAUCGCCAUUGCUGUUCGACAGACCCAGGGCAAAGGAAGGGGUCCAAACGCCUGGCUGAGCCCUGUGGGGUGUGCCCUUUUCACUCUGCUGGUCUCCGUUCCCCUGAGAUCACAACUGGGGCAGAGGAUUCCAUUUGUCCAGCAUUUGAUGUCCCUGGCUGUCGUGGAGGCCGUGCGGUCCAUCCCGGAGUACGAGGAGAUCAACUUGCGAGUCAAGUGGCCCAACGAUAUUUAUUACAGUGAUCUCAUGAAAAUUGGUGGAGUUCUGGUUAACUCAACACUUAUGGGAGAAACGUUCUAUAUCCUUAUCGGCUGUGGAUUUAACGUGACGAACAGUAACCCGACCAUCUGCAUCAACGACCUCAUCGCAGAGCACAAUAAGCAGCAGAGUGCGGGCCUGAAGCCCUUGAGAGCCGAUCGCCUCAUAGCCAGGGCGGUCACUGUGCUGGAGGGACUGAUUGACGCGUUCCAGGCCCAGGGGCCCAGUGGUGUCCUUCCUCUCUAUUACAAAUACUGGGUGCACAGUGGUCAGCAAGUCCGCCUGGGCAGCACUGAGGGGCCACAGGUGUCGAUCGUGGGGCUUGAUGAUUCCGGGUUCCUGCAGGUCCACCAGAAGGGUGGUGAGGUUGUGACGGUGCAUCCAGAUGGCAACUCCUUUGACAUGCUGAGAAACCUCAUCGUGCCCAAGCGACAGUAGGGCGUGUCCCCAGACAGCUUGGACCUGCCCUGCGCAGCAGCAGCCGCAGCAGCAGCAGCAAACCGACAGACAGGGAAGCCGCUCCGGGAGCUCCUGGGAGCUCCCAGCAAGCACUCUGCCUACAUGGCUGUCGUCUUUGCCUGAGAGACUGACGUAGAGUUGUAGGCCAGUGUCUUCUCCCAGUCAUUCGUUAGCUCUUCCGCUUAUUGGUUCCCUGCCCCCACUCCCACCCCGUUCCACCCCACCCCCAAGUUUGGGUUUUGUCUUUUUAUAUCUGCGAUUGUGUUGGGUGUUUGAAGAUGAAGGUAAGGGUUGACAGGUGAAGAUGCAGUUUAGCUUAGUCGAGUUUGCCUCUCACGGUGUCAAAUGCUCUUUCCCACAGGGCUUGGACGUAUGUUUCCUAGGAGAAAAUGAGGGGCAGAGGGUUGGAAAUGAGAUGGUGCAGGUGUUUCCCAAGCAGUGAAGGCUUUUCUAUUCAGAGAGUGAAUGCCCUGCACUCGGGCAGAUGCUGCGUUGGAAUUAGUCCUCUUGUGAGCCUCCAGAGGGUUUGCCCGGAACACACCGUGGUGCUUAGGCCUUGAGUUGUUUCCUGCUUUGUUUCUGGGGUUGCUGUUGCUUUUCUUCAUCAGGGUGGGUGAGGUCGCUCCGCUCUGACAUGGGGCCGCCAGCCCACAUGGUCGCAGUGGCCUUGGAGAGGAAGUCAGCUCCUCACUUUGCCCUUACGCAGUGAGCACUCCUUCCCAGGGUUAGAGGCGACAAGGUGGCACCUUCCUUGAAGGUUGAUGCUUAACCUGGAUUGGAGAUAUCAGCUCACUCUCCCGCCUACACAAGGGAUGAUUCUUAGAGAUUUUAAGCCUAUCGUGGGCUCUGUUAGCAUGUGGCGCAUUCCCACGCGGCUGCCCUCAUGCCAGAUGGAGUGUGUGGCACUGUAUCCUAAGUCUAGAUUUACUACCCCUACUUCCUUAUACUGUCAUCAAAAGAGAUACUGACACAAAGGUUUGGAGGGGUGUGUGUGUGUGUGUGUGUGUGUGUGCAUGUGUGUGCGUGCGUGUGCCCCCUAUUUCCUUAUACUGUCAUCAAAAGAGAUACUGACACAAAAGUUUGGAGGUGCGUGUGCGUGUGUGUGCAAGCGUGCAUGUGAGCCCAAGCACUCACGUAUGACUUUAAAAGAAGAUGUUCAAACUCUGAUGUGCUAAAAGUGUCCGUGGGAGAACAAAGGAGAGGAAGCCUUUCUAGGUUUGUUUCCAGAUGUGUGCGCGCUUCCUAUGUCCCUCCCAUCUCCGUGGAGUUCGUGAAUCAUACCCGUUACUGCCCAGCCUUAAAGCACCAACUCCUGUCUGCUGAGCAUCCCCGCUUCCUGCGCAGUUAAUGGAAAGGAAACGGAACAGAAUGCGCAGCUUUGAACAAGAUCCCCUCGUCACAAAUGAGUACCAUCUUUAUCCAGGUCUUAUGUAGUCAGGCCAUGCUCCAGAAACCUGAGGUGUUCAGUAGAGAAAUCCAUCUCCCUCAGGCUAGCGCAGAACCCCCCUGGAAGCAAGAAAUAACCUGAUCAACCCCACCAACCUGAUCUGUGUUUGAGGAUGUGCAGCUUUUAAAGAAUUCAAAAGGUCACUUUUUUGCAUAUGUAUUUAUAUUUAGGUCUUUUUUUUUUUAAUACAUGUGAGUUUAAAUAAAACUCUACACCACCCCAAAAUUACAAAACGGACUGAGCCUUGAGAGGGCGUCUGUAAAAUGUCACUGCGGGGAAGAUCUCCAGGCUGAUGUUGUAAGCUUCAGUUCUCAGACUUUGUAAUAUAAGGCCGUUGUCUCUCAGGACUGCCAUCAUUAAGUUUUAAAUUUCUUUGGGGGAUUAUUUAAUGAAAAACAUACUAUGUUUUAUUUUAAGCUGAAAGCCUAUUCUGGGUAGUUCUACUUUGGGGGAAAAAUGUUAUCAUUUAAUUUCCUUUCUGUAAGUUAAAACUAAUGAAGUGUGGUCCUGUCAGGGCAGACGGAGAUGUCCUGGCCAUGGCGUUUGGCCUCUCUGAGGAGCUACACUGUUUAGGGUAUUCUCGAUUAUGCAAAGGUGACGUCCACUUGUCCUGAGAGCGGCAAAGUAGCCUUGAAGCAGAUGCUUCUCGGCUUUGCCUCACAUGAACCAAAGACUUCCAAGUCCACUUCGUAGAGAGCAUUCUACUGCUAGAGGUGGGGAGGCUGCCCCUGUCCCUGCUACGUGCAUGGAUGGGUAUUUAUUUACAGACUCGGCCGUCUGAGAUCUCAAGGAACUUUACAGGGUCUUAAGGGAAACUUUGCUAUGUCCUAACCUUGAGAUGUGGCCUCCUAACUCAGAAACUGUACGUGCUUUAGAGCAGGUGACUCCUGACAGGAAGCUGCUUACAUAUCUACCCUGUGUUGGAAGGCACACGCAGCAAAACUGGGUGUGCUCACAUGACCCAGCGAGGGAGCCCUGACAGCGAGGGCCAUAAGUGGCAGACUCCUGUCCCGUGGAUCUCACUGUGCGCCAUGGCAGGACCCAACGUGGAAGAGAUGUCCUGUCUGCAGCUUGGUCAGACACACAGCCAGUGAGGGGCCACAAACUCUGGGGGUUCCCCUACACCUAGCACACCGUGUGGUAACCCCCUGGCCUGUCUCACCCGGAGGGGAAUCUUAGGGGCUUUGCUUUUCUGACCUGCCAGAAAUGGGACCUCCUCAUUCCUGGUUCUUCACUAUGCAUCUUUGAAAUAAACAAAAACGUAAACCUUUGCUAUUUUUUAUUUUUUAGCUUUUCAAAGAAUCAUAUCUGAAAAGAAUUACUGUAAACCAAUGCCUAUAAAGCCAGCCCUACCAAAAUAAACUUUUCACCUUUUCCCCGCG